CAAUACUUUAGAUAUGAAUCGUUAUAAUAUUUACAUGGAAAAUUUAAAGCGUAGCAAAACAGUUGCACUUGGUCUAAUAGACGAAACGAAAGAUAUUAUUGAAGGAAUCUCAGUUGAAAGCCCAAUUAAAAACAUUAGAUUAAGAUCGCCGAAUGCUGAUGUAGAAAUAAGUGCACCUAGUACAAGUAGACAAGAAAAUAAGAGGCCUACAGAAUAUGUUAAGUACGGAAAAAUUACUUUUAAUACUACUGCAAUAUUACAUCACUAUCCGCAAAUGCAGAAUAAAAACUGUGCUGAUAAUUGUAAAGUAAGACACUCAAACAGUAUGGUAAAAUCAGAUUUAAAUCUAAGUGAACAAGUGAAGGCCGAUAACAAUAACCAGUCUGAAAUUGAAGAGACUAAAGUAGUUGUUAAUCAAGCAAAGCAUAACGUUAACAAUAAUGAAAAUAGUCAUACAAUAAAAACAAAUUGUGUUAAAUCUAAACCAUUAGAAGUUUUAAGAAAACCUGUUAAAUUUACAGAAGAAAAGCUUGUAUGAGAUUUAGCCUCGCAUUUUUCAUUUCAAAUGAAAAUGUGGAAAUAUUGGCGGACAUUACCCCUUAGAGUGAAAAGAAACAUAUCGAAAUAUAAAAUGUUGUAAAUAUUAUUAAAAAGACUGGCAAAAACUGGAUUAAAAUUUUAACUAAAUACGAUUCUUUGUAAUCUUUGAGCUCUAAUUUUUUCUUAUGAUAAUUGAAGAACUAAUUUGUUAAACUAAGCUGUAUAGUGAAGAAAACGUUAACGUUAAAAUAUAUUAUGAUAGUUUGUACAAAUUAGGUAAAAUAGUCGAAUCCGUCUCAACUAGAAUAAUUUUCUUCCUAUUAAUUGUUACUCGUUAGAUUAUUAUAAUACAGAGAAGUA